AUGGUAUUUGAUAUUCUACUAUGUUUCAUGAUUGCUACCUCAUAUGUGGUGUUCAUAUAUUUCCACAUUCCUCAUCAUUUACAAAAUAAAGAUAGAAAUGAUAUCCAAGUUAUAACGUUUCGAUUUUAUAGAAUUACAUUAUUAUGUGUGUUGUUAUCAAUUCUGAUUCCAUUUUUCAAUCAUGUUUCAUAUAUUACCUGGAUCAAAUCAUUGAAUAUAAUACCAGGUUUCACUAGUAAUGAUACUAGUGUUAUUCAAGAUUUGAUCAAUAUUAGUUAUAGUGUGAUAUCUAUAUUAGUAUUAUUUAUUGGUCCUAUACUAGUUAAUUUAUUUCUUGUCAAUGAACAAGAAAUCUCAAUCAUUCCUAAUUUUGAUCGUCUAUACCAAGAUUUUCUUAAUACUUUUAUGAAUAUAUAUGGUGUAAGAGAUUAUAUAUUUGCUCCCAUUACAGAAGAAUUUAUAUUUAGAGGCAUUAUUUUAACUUUAUCCCCCAAAUCAUUUAUAAAUUAUACUCCUUGGUUAUUUGGAAUUGCUCAUAUCCAUCAUGGGUAUCAUUUAUAUAAACAAGAGAAAUAUCAAUUGAAAGAAAUCAUCCUUACUGUGGCCCUUCAAUUAACUUAUACUACAUUAUUUGGAUAUAUUCUGAAUCUGAUAUGGUUUAAAUAUCAUAAUUUAUGGGGUAACAUAUUAGUCCAUACUAUAUGUAAUGUAAUGGGAUUGCCAGAAUUGGUAGUCCAUCAAACCAGAGUAGUUAAUCUUGUGUAUUAUAGUUUAUUGAUAGGAGGAGCUUAUCACUUUAUAACCAUUUUGUUCUAG